AUGUCCUACUACUACGAGCAGUGCAAGCAGCCCUGCCUGCCCCCUCCCUGCCUGCAGAAGUGCGCCAAGUGCCCGGAGCCCUGCACCACCCAGUGCGUCGAGGUCUGCCAGGCCCCUUGUGCCACCCAGUGCGCCACCAGCUGUGCCACCCAGUGCGUGGAGCCCUGUGCCACGCAGUGCGCCACCAGCUGCGCCCCGCAGUGCGUGGACGUUUGCGCUCCACAGUGCGUGGACGUUUGCGCCAAGCCCUGCUCCAGCCAGUGCGUGGAGGUCUGCGCCCCGCAGUGCGUGGACGUCUGCCCCACCCAGUGUGCCACCAGCUGUGCCCCGCAGUGCGUGGACGUUUGUGACACGCAGUGUGCCACCAGCUGUGCCCCGCAGUGCGUGGACGUCUGCCCCGCCCAGUGCCCCACCCAGUGCCCCGAGCCCUGUGUCACCAAGUGCGUGGAGAAGUGCCAGGCCGAGGUUUGCAACACCAAGUGCGUGGAGUCGUGUGAGACCGUGUGCCUGGAGCCCUGCUCCCACCCCUGCUGA